AUCCACCUCAGCUGUUCUCUGAAAUAUCACUCUGGCCGCUCCUCGAUGGGCAUUCUUCUUGAAUUGAAGAAGCCAUGUCGAAACUAGAUGAUCCAUUGUCCACAAAACUCCAAGAUGCAGCCUACGACACCUUAAACGAAUACUUUAUCGAGCAUCAAGAUGAAGUGAUUAACAUUACGGUCCUUCCACCGGGAAUGCCGUUCGACUCAGAUGUCCUGAUCAUGCAAGAUGGUCCGACUAUGGGUGUCCCCAAAUCCACCCUAGUCUUAGCCUUCCUCCGUGCGAGGCGAAUAUUUCUCGAAGCGGAGAAAGUCCUUAGACUAGAGGCGUCGCGGGUGAUUCUUCUCUUCGACCCUGAGUACAUCACAGCCACAAACCUCCGUAAAAGGAGGAUCCUUGGCUUGGUGGCUAAGAAGUGCGAGAGUGGGUGGGACGAGUACAAAAAGACACUGGGCCGGGAGACCAUAUUUCUCAACAGCAUCCUGACCUCGCCACUACACCGCCAAUCAAAAUCUCCUACGCUCUGGCACCAUCGCGCAUGGCUCCUGGAAUUCAUUUCCUUAACAAAACUGGCCGAGCCUUCUCCAGAUUCAUUCCUUCUCUUCGCCAGAGCUGAGCUCGAUGCUGUUCUUAAGGCAGGGGAGCAACACCCCAAGAACUAUUACGCCUGGCAAUACGCUCGGACAUUGUUCGAAAAACUCGAUAUCAUGUUCCUGGACGAGACCGAGCACUUCUGGAAAUCUGCAUAUCAUGCAUUUCUUACUACUUGCGCUUUACUCGUUAAAGCAUGGUGCUGUAAGCAUGUCAGCGAUGUCUCGGGGCUGUCGUUUUUGUUUUUUCUCCUCCCAAGGUUGAAAUCAGUUUCGCGGCGACGACGUAUUGUUAGGGACGUCUUAGAUUACACGGAGAAGUUACGACUGGACCAAGAAUCAUUAUGGACGUUCCUCCGCACUACACUCGCAAGUGCGGUUUUGGAAGGGGAGCGAGACGCACUGACCCAGCAGUUACGCAACUACCAGUUGGAGAGGAUUCUCGGAGAACAGGGUAAAGACGAAGAAAAUAGAGUCACCGCGGCCGUGAAAUGGAUUGAUAUGUACAGUAUUUCAUUACUUAAUUCCCCAUCCGUUGAAACAGGAAGUACAGAGAAACCAAUAGGGCCUUCGUCAAUCAUGAGCACAGAAUCGAAGAAAUAGCUGGUCACAUCUU